AUGCCCCUACGAAGAUGUGGUUGCACCCUUGAAGAAUUUAACUUCGAGGUUCCAAUUAAAGUAGCUUUUGAACGUAUCAGUGUCCUGAAAUCGUGUUGCGUUUAA